AAGAAACUUAUCCAUCAUCUUCGUUGACCAAUAUAAGACUCUUCCCAUCGCGUUCACCUAUCCAUGGUCACCACCAGCGAGGUACGGACAUGAAACUCCAUUGCCGAUUCAUCUCUCUACUUCUCGAUUCCGAGUCAUCUUUGUUCACUUGCAGGUGACUUGUUGAUCUUAUUGAAUGUCUUACUAAAUAAGAAGACUUUGCCACCUACAUAAUAUGGCGAAUUGGAGCCUCGACUAAAGGUAGUGUAUGUUAUCGGUGAUACUAAAACAUGUUUGUAGGAUUUGUUAGUAGAAAAUUUAUAUAUUUUUUGAUACGCAUAAAAAUACACAUUAAGGACCACCAAUUUCCUUGUCAUCUUUAGAAGGUCGAAAGGGGUCUUUAUUAUAAAUCAUGUUUUAGGAUUAUUCUUGAUUUUGAUAAGUAUCAAACUACAAAGACAUUAUUCAAAUUCUUGUUGGUUUGUUUGUAAGUUUAAUCAUAAUGAUAUCAAAGAAAUUCAUAAAGUACACAUAUUGUUAUACGCAACAUAAGUAUCAAAUUUUAAUUGUCAUUCAUCAUCAUCAUCAUGUAAAAUUUUAAUUCUGGUUUUCUUUGUAAGCUCAAAAAAUGGCAUGGUAUAGAAGGUCAAAACUAGGUUUUGAUGCAAUCUCUAGUUACUUCACCUCCAAAUUAACAUCUCCCAAAAGCACAAUCCGAAAUAGUAAUCAAUUGAGUAAGCUUACUUGUAGUGCAUAUUACCCUCUUAAGGUUUCGAAAGUAAGUGUCGAUAGAAGCUUAAACUCUCGAUUAUAUGCAACUAGUAAUAGAUAUUACUAUGUCGAUUCACGACAAGUUAGACAUUUCAAGCCUCGCGGAUACAGAAGAUGGUUUGAUAACCCCAAGAACGUUUUCAUAGCUGUGUUAGUGGGAUUCGGAAUUGGGUUAACCGUAUAUUUUGGGAAUGUUGAGACGAUACCUUACACAAAGCGGAGGCAUCUUGUUUUGUUGUCGAAAAAUUUGGAGAGAACGAUUGGUGAGUCUCGGUUUAAGAACAUGAAGGUCGGGCUCAAAGGAAAAAUUCUACAUGCGAUGCACCCAGAAAGCGUUAGGGUGAGAUUGAUUUCAAAGGACAUAAUUGAAGCAUUGCAAAGAGGAUUGAAGAAAGAGCAAGGAAAAAAUGAGGUUCUUAAUGAUAUGUGGGUGGAUCAAAGUCGGGAGAAGGGGAAAGAAAAGGGGGGAAAAUCGGCUACUGGUCAUUUGGAGGGGUUAAAUUGGGAAGUUUUGAUUGUGAAUGAUCACGUUGUAAAUGCUUUUUGUUUGCCUGGUGGAAAGAUUGUUGUGUUUACAGGGUUAUUAGAGCACUUUAGAACUGAUGAAGAGAUUGCCACCAUUAUUGGACAUGAGGUUGCACAUGCUGUAGCAAGACAUGCAGCUGAACAGAUUACAAAGAACCUCUGGUUCACAAUCGGGCAGUUAAUUUUGUAUCAAUUUGUCAUGCCAGAUCUUGUAAACACCAUGUCAAAUCUUUUGCUUAAGCUUCCUUUCUCCAGGAGGAUGGAGAUUGAGGCUGAUUACAUAGGGUUGCUGUUGAUGGCUUCAGCUGGGUAUGACCCGCGGGUCGCACCAAAGGUAUUUGAGAAGUUGGGUCAAGUUUCAGGUGAUUCGGCAUUGCGAGAUUACCUUUCUACCCAUCCAUCUGGAAAGAGGAGAAGCAAAUUGCUAUCUGAGGCAAGUGUAAUGCAUGAAGCAGUUGCCAUAUAUCGAGAGGCCAUGGUAGGUAGAGAGAUUGAUGGUUUUUUCCUAUAGCCUAUACAUAUUUUCAUGUAAUCAACUUUCUGUUUAAGUCAACACAUAUGGUGCAUCUUAUACACAUUAAAAGAUCAAAUGUAUAAAAUCCUUAAAUCCUUAAAGACAUGAGUUCUUGCAUGUAACAAUAGUUUUAUUUACAUGUAAUGAAUAUACAAUAUGAAAAUUUAGACUGAAAA